GACCAACAAUUAGUAAAUAAAGUUGGAAGGGUUACUUAUAAUACUGAAAUCUGCUUGAUUACAUUCCAAUGUUCCAAAACAACCAUGCCAAAGUAAUGAAUGAAAACAUAGCAAAAAUGAUACCAAAUGAAAACAGACAACCCUCUGUCCAAAAAUUACCCAAGCCUUCAAUUUUGAUUUAACUUAUCAGAAUUAAUUUCCAAAAAUAAUUAAUACAAUUGGAAAAAUGAAGUCGGGAUCAACCAGUCAUGUGCAAGUUGGUACUUUUCAAACUUGCUGAGCCAAAACGAGUAUAAAUGAAACUUCAAAGUAAGAAGGCUCCUUGAAACUUUCGAGUUAUUAGAAUCAAUGUUGAACAGUCUCCAACUACUAUAAAGAUCGUCUUCAACCCGACUUUCACCAUGUUCAAUAUGAAAAUCGUCUUCUACUAUCUCGUAUCAGCUCUCAUAUUCUUAAAUCUCUACACUUUUUCACAUUCCUUUGUUGAUGCCGCCGACCCCCAAUACGAGGCCUGCAGAGUCCCCAAAAUUUGUGGAGACCAAACAAUAAGCUUCCCUUUCUUCAUUCAGGGCCAGCAAGAGUCUUACUGCGGCUACCCAUACCCAGGCUUCAACCUCUCCUGUGACCCAAAUGGCCGCUCCAUUCUCAACCUCUCCGGCCAAAACUACGUCGUUCGACAAAUCUUCUACCAUAACCGAUCUGUUAUUGUCUCGAACGCCGCGUUACUGGAUCCUGAAGAAAACGGUUGCAUCGCUUCUGUACCGAAUUUAACUCUCUCCUCUGAUUUCAAGAUCGCCGAGGGUCAAAAUAGUGUAGUUUUGCUGUAUAAUUGUCGAGCUUUUUCUUCGGUUGGGAGGAGCAAUCCUCUUCUGAAGUACAGGAUCGGUUGCUAUGCGGAAAACCAGACGAAUUCGGUGUUGGCUAUUUAUGAGAGCGACGGAGAUCAAUUGGCUCAGGCGUCGAGAACGUGUGGUCCGAUUGGAGAUGUGGUGGUGGCCAAUACGAAGGCGGUGGAUGGGUAUAUGGGAGGUAGCAGUGAGAACGAAGGAAUGUUGAUGAGAGAGGUGUUGAGGAGAGGGUUCAUGCUUACGUGGUUGGCUAGUGACUGUAGCUUAUGCGAGAUCAGUGGGGGUAAGUGUGGAUUUAUGGUGCCGUCCUAUCAUUUCCGGUGCUUCUGCCCUGAUAUGCCUCACGCCGCGAGGUGUUUUCCGGCGGCAUCGGGAAAGAAUGGAAAGCUUGGAUUAGGAUUGGGUGUUAUUCUUGGUGGAAUUGGAAUUAUUGUAAGUGCAGUAGUUGCAUGGCGACUGUGGAAGAAGAAGCAUCAAACUGAUGAGAACGUUGAGGUCUUCCUGAAAAGAUAUGGGCCCAUUCAAGUUGGAAGAUAUAGUUAUUCGAAAAUUAAGAAAUUGACAAACUCAUUUGCAGAAAAAUUAGGGCAAGGAGGUUUUGGUGAUGUAUACAAAGGAAAGUUAGAUGACGGUCGGCUAGUUGCGGUGAAGGUGUUGAACAAAUCAAAGAGCAAAGAUGGACAAGAACUUAUCAAUGAGGUAGCGACUAUAAGCAGAACUUCCCAUAUCAAUGUUGUCACUCUAUUGGGAUUUUGUUUUGAUGGUCCCAAAAAAGCUCUAAUUUACGAGUUCAUGCCCAAUGGAUCUCUUGAGAAAUUUAUAUUUGAUGACAAUACUACAGUUGAUGAUGAAAACAGUUAUCACUUAGAUUGGGAAACUUGCCAUCAAAUCUCACUCGGCAUUGCCAAGGGACUUGAGUAUUUGCAUCGUGGUUGCAACACCCAAAUUUUACAUUUUGACAUCAAACCUCAUAAUAUUCUUCUUGAUGUUGGGUUUGUGCCCAAAAUUUCAGAUUUUGGCCUCGCCAAAAUUUGUAAAAGGGAAGAAAGUCAUGUUUCAAUGUUGGGCCCAAGAGGGACUGCUGGAUAUAUUGCUCCUGAAGUAUUUAAUAGAAACUUUGGAAAUGUCUCACAUAAGUCAGAUGUCUAUAGCUAUGGAAUGAUGGUGUUAGAGAUGAUAGGAGGGAGAAAAAAUAUUAAUAUCCAAGUUGAUAAUACAAGUGAGAUAUAUUUUCCACAUUGGAUUUACAAGCGCCUUGAGUUAAAUGAGAAUCUUGGAUUGAAGAGAAUCAUUAAUGAAGAAGAGGGAGUGAGAGUUAAGAAGUUGAUAAUAGUAAGCUUGUGGUGCAUUCAAACAAGCCCUUCAAAUCGACCAGCCAUGAAUCGAGUAAUUGAAAUGUUGGAAGGGAGAGUUGAUUCCUUGGAAGUUCCACCCCAACCUUUCUUGUAUUCACCCUCAAGAUCAUCACCACCUGAAUCUUCUUAAGCAUUUGUAAGUUAGAUAUUUGAAGUGGUUUUUACAAGUUGCUGA